AUGGAGUCCCCCGUCCUGGAGGACUUCUUCACCAAGCAAUGGACGUCGGUGACCAAGUCCUGCUCAGAACGUAUGGAACCUCAUGAUCGCAGAACAAUCAGAAGUUUCCGCACGUAUGAGGAUGUACAAGAGCAUGUUUUCGUCGAACAAGAUGAAGAGGCGUCCGAGGCUGCCCUGCAAGAGCUGGCUAUGCUGCAGCCGCGGCUUGUCGACCUGAAGAAUUUCAGCGACUUCUUCGCCAAACAGCUCCGCCCGACCCUUGAAACGAGUAUGUUCUGGGGAUUGCUUGGCCUGCUUCUUACAUUAGCCUUACAACACGAUGAGACAAUGCGACGAGUUGUCCAGAUGAUUAAGAAGCUAAGCAGGAAUUGCCACGAUUUCAUACUCCACUGCCGACAAAGUCCUACCGUCACUAAGGAGGACAAAGAGUCCUGCUUUGAUAUAUUUCUAAGGAUUACCACAUUCCUCGCCGAUGGUGUGCAAUUACUACGCCAAGCAGACGAUGAUUUUUCAGAACUGACUGACGCUAGUGGCCGGCAGCAUCCCGAAUGGUCUAAAUUGACUGAGAAGUUUACAGCUGCCGUAGAUGAGAUCGAGGACACGCUUAAUCGCAUCGAGAGGGUCGCUGCCAUGUAUCAGAGGCAGUACCAGGGUGACAUGGCUUCUUGGUUUUCCUAUCUCUCACUUUCACCUCGUGCGUUCCGAGAUACGGCUCAGCUACCUUGCUUCGUCCUUCCACCCAUACGGACCGCCCGAUUCUUCGAUAGAGAUGAUGUGAUCGAGAAGGUUGAAAAACAUUUCCAGGAUGGUGAUUCAACCUCCCCACUACGCGCGCUGGCACUCUAUGGCAUGGGUGGUGUCGGUAAGAGCCACGUUGCCAUGAAAUAUCUGGAAAAGAAACUUGCGAACAAAGACUUUGACGCUAUCUUCUGGGUCAAUGCUGAAAGUCCGGUUUCUAUCCAACAGAGCUUUACAGAUAUUGCCCUUCGACUGAAACUACCUGAUACUGGGCCCGCCACCCAUGAUGAAAAUCGAAUGAUUCUCAAAGGCUGGAUGCAACAGACUGAAUGUAAGUGGAUGAUCAUUUACGAUAAUGCAGAGUCUAUCGAACUUCUUCGAGAUUACUGGCCUUUGUCCGGCAGUCAUGGUCGUGUCUUGAUUACAACGAGAAAUCAUUUGCUCGGUUUCGAUCCAGCGGACGCUGGCCUUGAAAUACUCCCUUGGGAUACAGAUACCGGCUCCAAGUUCUUGCUACAUCUUCUCGCAGGACACAUCAGCGCCGAACUCUUAGCAAAUGAAACACAGUCGGCUUACAGCCUGUCUGAGAGGUUAAGUGGCCAUGCAUUAGCACUGUCCAACAUGUGUGGCUUGAUCCACCGCCGUUCAUGGUCUAUAUCAGAGCUAGUUGAGGUUUAUGAUAGAUCCAGGGACUUCAAGGACGGGCUUGAAACCGUCUGGCGGCUCUCUUUUGAGAAUCUCCGGCCUGAUUGUGCUGCACUAUUAUCGAUCUUUACCUUCUGUGCGCCAGACAGCAUCCCGCAGUCGUUGUUCGAAUCCAGUGAAGAGAUGGAAAAUCUUACAGAUGACAUGCUACGGUAUCUUGACUCUGAUCGUCUGAGUACAAAUACAGAGGAGCUGUUGGCUCUUGCGUUGAUCAAAAGAGAUAGAUACAAUCGUGUAUUCUCGAUCCACCGACUCAUCGCAGCCCAGUUUCGCCGCUUCUUGAGCCCCAAAGACCUCCGAAAGGCAUUUUUGGAAGCUUCAAUACUAAUAUAUAAUGCCUUUCCAAAGAGGCCAAAGAAGCCAGGGGCUACCAGAGCCAACCUCUACAAUGUCUGGGACAAGUGUCAACUUUGGCUGCAACAUGUGCUGCAGCUCAAAGUUAGCUUCAUGCAAGAGCGAAAGCGGGACCCGAGCUUCUCUGCUUGCAGAGAGACUUGCGAGACAUGGGUUCAAUGUCAACGCUACCUUCUUGAAACACAAAACUGGCGCGAGCUCGAAGACCUCGUUAUCGUCAACAAGAUUGCCAUGAAAACACUUCCUGAGCCGGACAAGGAAAUAUACCUCCUCUCAUCAACUGAGAUCCACGUUGCCUCGAUGUGGGCCUUUCGGGGCCGAUUCAAGAUGGCCCUCGAGAGCUUGCUGACGGCACACAGUCUCAAGCUGGCCGAGUCCCCCGUCGACCUCCAGAAUACCUGCUGGAUCGAAGACAACUUGGCAUCUAUUUAUGGGUGCUUGGGGGACUUUGACACUGCGAUAGAGUGGAUCAAGCGCAGCUAUGCGACGUGGGAGCGCUGGUCCGAGUCGACGGGUGUUGACUUCAAGUGUCCCCCGCUUCUGAAGCUGACUCAUGGAAGAAUUUUGACUCAUGGGGGAAGGCUUGAUGAAGCAAGGGUGCAAUUGACUGAGGCCAUAGAUGGACUUCUGUCGGCAGAGCCGUUUGUCUGGGCCCCAACAGCUACUUGCAAGUUUACCAUAGGACGGCUCCUAAUGUUCGAAGGGAAGUACGAAGCCGCGGAAAGCAUGUUGUUGGAAUCUCAGUCCAUGUGGCUUCAGGGCGACAAGUCUCGCGCUCUAGACUUCAAUGGUAUCAUUGUAUACCAGUUGGGUAGCUGCGCCUUCAUGCAAGGGAACGUAGACGCUGCACUCAAGCAUCUCCAAGAGGCUAAGGUCAUUAGCUCUAUUCACAAAGAUACUCAUCCUGCCAAGUACGCUCGAUGUCUGUUCAAGCUAUCUGAGGCACUGCGCCAGUUCCCUGGACGGGAGGCAGAAGCUGAUGAGCAGCUCAAGAAGGCGAAAGACUUAUACUUCCAGAUAAUCGGCAAGUCGCAGGCGACUACUAUUCAGAGACCAAAAGAUAAUUCUCUCACACAGUCUGAGCAAGUGAAGGAAGAAGACUUUGAUACCCUUAUACACAUUAGUCAACGAUAG